AUGGCGGUUCAGCUCUGCGUCGCGUCACCGGUCACCAACGGGGUCCUUGGGCUCCAGGACCGCACCAGGAUCGGGCUCCCUCCCACAUUUUCCACCCCCGCCCCGGCUGCCGCUAUGAAGACGGAGGAGGCUCCGUCCUGCCUGCAGCAGGCAACGCCGGUCCUGGGCUUCGGUUCAGACUCCAAGAUGCGGGAGGUGUGCGCUGGCUGCGACACCCCCAUCUCCGACCGGUUCCUCCUGCGAGUCAACGAGCGCUCCUGGCACGAAGGUUGCGUGAAAUGCGUCGUCUGCCUGCAGCCGCUCUCCGGGACCUGCUACUGCCGCAACCGGCAACUCUACUGCAAGCACGACUACGAGAAGCUGUUCCAGACCAAGUGCAGCAGCUGCUUGAAGGCGAUCGCCCCCUCCGAGCUCAUCAUGCGGGUGCUGGAGAACGUCUACCACGUUCACUGCUUCUACUGCUGCGAGUGUGAGCGGCGCCUGCAACGAGGAGAUGAGUUUGUGCUCAAGGAGGGGCAGCUGCUGUGCCGCAGCGACUACGAGAAGGAGAAGGAGAUGCUGAGCGCUAUCAGCCCGGCACCCACUGAGUCCGUGAAAAGCGAGGACGAAGAUGGCAGCCACUCGCACGGCAAAGGCGGCGAGGAGAGCAAAGACCACAAGCGUUCCAAGCGCCCGCGCACCAUCCUCACCACGCAGCAGCGUCGGGCGUUCAAGGCCUCCUUCGAGGUUUCCUCAAAACCUUGCAGAAAGGUGAGAGAGACGCUGGCAGCCGAGACGGGCUUGACCGUGCGGGUGGUCCAGGUCUGGUUCCAAAACCAGAGAGCCAAGAUGAAGAAGAUCGCUCGCAGGCAACAACAGCAGCAGCAGCAACAGCAGGAGCAAGAUCAGCUGGGCAACCCUCGCUUAGGGACCGGGAGAGGGACCGGUCGCAACAGCAGGCAGAGCAACGACGACAGCGAAGACGGCGCGAGCGUUCACGGCCUCGAUGGGCUGAUGGUCCCCUACCCCCGGAUCCCCCAGCAGCAGCUGCUGCCCCUGGAUCAGAACGGCUACAGCACAGACUUGUACAGACAAGGGCUGACGCCGCCCCAGCUGCCGGGAGACCAUCUGCACCCCUACGACUCGGAAGGAGUGUUUCACGAUAUGGACAGCGACAGCAUCAGCCACCUGGGAGACUGCUUGCUGUCCACGGCCGAAGCCAACCUCCUCCAAGCCCGUGUGGGCAACCCCAUUGACCGACUCUACUCCAUGCAGAGCUCCUACUUCACAUCCUGACCAUAGAAAAGCUGCCAGCUCUUCACGAGUAUCUCGGAUGGAUGCUGCUUCAAAUUUAGAACGAGGGUGAGGGAGAAGAAACAAGACUGAGACCUUCAGAGACAUUCCUUGAGCACUGCACAACGGAGGAGGCAGCUAGGUCUGUCACACACCUAAGCACUAAUUCAUGGAGACCUUUCACGGCCCGGAGGACUUUGGAUCGCCUCUCUCCUUUUUCCUAGCCACGAGUAGAUCGAUGGUAUGAUGUUGUUUAGCUGUAACUUUAGCAGUUUGUCCAGUGUUUAAGCUUUUGAGCAUUAUGUCCUGCAAACAAAGACUGGCCAAGCGAACCAGAGCUGCUCCUAGAAGUAGGAGGUGCCCCUUCCCACAAGAACUCGGUUUAUUUAAGUCUUGCUUGCAGCUGAGCUGCUCGCCGUGCUGUUUUGCCUCAUUUCCCAAUCCAGACGCGCGGGCUUCAUGGGACAAGGUUAAUUUUCGACAGUAAAAUCCGAGGUCCUGAGGCAUCUCUGAAGGAUGCCACCGCUGCUUCGGAGGUUUUCUACAGGGUUGGCAGUCAGUCGGACCAGGACGGGUUUUUUUUAACGUUUGACAUUUCAGAAACGCGCAGUAGUUUGGCCCCUGAUUGAAAGGGCUAUGCUCGAGUAUCUGCUUCAAAAACAACAGAAUAUUUAUCUUCUCUCACGUUCAAGGAUGCCAAGAGAAGUGUAACACACCCACAGCGAGUUAUCUAUCGCCUUUAUGUCCGUCUGUCUGUCUGUCUCUAACGGGGCAGUUCUACUCCCUGUAUGGACGGGACAAAGACUUAAUCACAGCUGCCGGCCACACUAAUUUCUGAUUGUUUCUUUUUUAAAACAGCAAAGUGAAAUGCUUUUCCUCUAAAAAUAUUUCUGCUAGAAAGCCCUUGCUCCGUAGGUCUGUCCAGAGCAGGAUUUCCCACCCCGACUCACUUCACCGAAGGCAUCCUAGCACCUCGCUUCCCACCAAGCGACGAGAGAAAGGAACCGGAUUGCAUUAUCCUACAACGCGUCCCUGCCAAGUCGCUUAGCUCCAAGAGGUUUUCGCUUUGAGAGCAACCCGGGGGCGACAUCAGGACUCAGGCAAGAGAAAAGCAUGUCCCCGCUGCGGAUCGGCAGGAAUAAUCCGUUUUCUCUGCCCACCAUAAUGCCACGUUACCAGAACCGGGUCGGCAGUAACGCUAACCCCCAAAAAGGGCAAGAAAGAGAGAGCAGAGAAUGGAAAUCUGAAUUAUUACCAAAGGGAAACUCUUUAUUCUCCUACCUAGGACCCAAGUCUGGGAUUUGGCUCUUUCUAUGGGUGAAAGACAGCCGGUAUUCCUGGAAAGGUCAGGUUUUCCCAAGAGCCUGCUUACGGCACGUCCGCUGAAGGAAUACGGUCCUCCAGAACUACCCUUCCCU